UUUUGUGAGUGCGAAGAUCGACGUUAGAGGCGAUAGGAAAUCCGUGUGCAAAUCAUGAAUUUCUUCCGAAUUUUAACGUAAUAAGUUACUUCCAGUAAAUGAAACAUGGAGAAUCAGGUCAACAGUGUUCAUCGUGCGGCUGGCUUAAAUAUAGAAGAUGAUGUCAAUGCACUCCGGCAACGUGUGGAAGAGUUGGAGACGAAUCUCCGUAGUGUUCUACAGGAGAGGAUGACCCAAGAGGCAGACUUUGCCCAGAAGAGGGCAAAGUUCAAGGAAAUAUUCCUGACGAGAGAAGAGGAGUUGAUCAAGGAGGCAGAGUUAAUGCGGAGUGAGCGGGAUACCAUGCAGAACGAGCUGGAUGAGCUGAAGACGGUAGCCGUGAUGGCUGAGACAACGUACAGGGAAGAGAUGGAUGAAUGCAGGAGAACGUGGAAGAAUGAGGUGGGCACCAUGCAGGCUAUCCUUAGAGAUGCAGUUGCCAUGACUACUGAGGAGACGGCACUCACCUACCAACAGGAACGGGAGAAGCUUCUUGCGGCCAAUGAGCAACUCAAUAAGGAACUUCAGAGCUUUCAGCAAAUCAUGGCCGAGAAAAGUCAGAUGUCUGGCACAGACAAGGACACAAGUCUGUUGUCUAGCAUGACAAGAUCACUACGCAGUCUGACAGGAUCAAACUCCCCAUCAGCAUCAAGGGAUGAAAAACAGCCACAGCCAACAACAGUAGAACAACAACCACCUCCACCCCAACAGCAACCUUCUCCCCAGCAGAAACACACACCUACCAAGGAGGAAGAGGACCUGGAGAAUAGCAUGCUCAAGGCACAGAAAGAUACCGAGAUCUUGCGCUCUGUUGUGGUUCCCUUGGAGAGGGAGAUUGAAUCCUUGAAGGAGAAGUUACAGGGGGCUAAGGUUGAGAGGAGAGCCCUGGAACACAGGCUAAAGAAACACGGUCUUGAGGAUCUGGGGAUCUCUACUGUAGAUAAAGCACAGAGUCCUGCCACACCCCCUGAAUCAGUGCUUAGCUCUACCAUGUCUUCUGCUGACUUAGAUGAAAAGGUUCGUGCGUUGAGUAGUGUGUUAGAGGCAGAGAAAACAUCACGUUCUGACAUGGAACUCUACGUUGCUGUUCUCAACAAACAGAAGUAUGUCAUGCAGGAAGACAACGAUACUAUGAGAGAAGAACUAAGAGAAGUCUGCAGACUCCUAGAGAAGGAGAAACAAGAGCACACUAACCUGAAGCACACUUGGCACAUGGCCAACAACCAGUUCCUGGAGUCGCAACGGCUGCAGAUGAUGGACAUGAGACGGAUGGAGUCGGUGCUGACUGAGGAGCAGCAACGGCAGAUCGUGGAGGCCCAGCGGAAGGACAGGGAGAGGGAAGAGGCUGAGCAGCGGGUACAGGCGAUCAAAGAGCAACAGGCUAAGCAUGAACGGGAGACUGAGAGACUACAGCAAUCGGCUCAGGUGGAGCAACCACUCAUAAGCUCCGAGCCCCAGGACAAACAUGGCCGAUCCUCCUCCCUCAUCGACCUCAAUUCCCCUACCACUCAGCUGGACUCCGAGUCUACCAGGCCUAGCCACCUGGGUACAAGGUUGCUCGUCAACUUGUCAGCGUCGGCGCAGAAUUUCACGACGCCCAACGUGGAUCCGGAGGAGCUACUUCAGUUUGAAACUCAAGGUGUCUACAAUCCUCCUGGUCAGUCGAGUUCUCCACUUCAUCGUAGUAUGAAUGAGAUAGCAGCCCAUAGCUUCUCAGAUAACACGAUGUAUGGCAUGGACGCAGAGACAGCCUCUUUGUCAUCCAACAUUAGUCUGACCGAGGCUCAGGAACGUGCAAUUUCUGGGGAAACGCCAGAGGGUGAGGAGAUGCGAUCAGUUCUUGCCAGCGCCAGAGCGCGCACCGAAAUGUUCCCAUCGCUAGCAGGGAAGAGGGUCGUCAGUGAAACGGAGUGGACGAAACUCCAAGAAGAGAUAAGGAUAGCAAGGGAGAAGCUUGGAAGGCCCUGUGACAUGUGUAGUAACUAUGAAGACCAGCUGCAGAGCGUCCAAUCACGCGAGGGCGAGUACAAGGAACUCACACAGAGCCUCAAAGUGGAAUUGGAUGCCGAAAGGGAAAGUGUCUCUAGAGAGAGGAGAUUACGGAUUGAGCUAGAGGAAAGUCUACAGAAUGCUGCAGAAGAUGCACAGAGCCAGAUCGGGAAUGCAACAGCAAUGAACCAGGAGUCUGAGAAGUUCCUGACAGAUCUUAGACAGCAGUACCUAAGAGAGCACAAUGAAAUGCAUGAUCGGCUGCAAAAGUUAAUGGAAUCCAGAGAACAGAUAUAUCAAGAGGUGAGCAGACUACAAGGAGAGAAUGAGAGCCUUAGUGCUAAGAGAACGCUACACAUGUCCAUUAUGAGCGGGGAAGAGUUUAAUCUUCCGUCAGGUCUAGAUGAGUUACAAACAUUAUGCAUCAAGUACCGUGAGGAUAUCAUCACAGUGCGCGUCAACGCUGAGCAUAUUGAGGAGAAGUUGAGGAAUGAGAACAGCUUCUUGAAGGAGCAGCUUGAGGCAGAGCAACACACCAAGAUGACGCUAGAGGAUACGUACCAAAUGGAGAUGGAUGAGUACAAGGAAGAACUCAGGCUCCUGCGAAGCCAGAAGGACACUUUUGAGAAGGAGCGCAAACUCUGUGAGGAUGCUCAGAGGAGCUUGCAAGAGUCGCAAGACGGCAAGAAGACCAUUGAGGCCAAGUCUAGAGAAGUCAUCUCAGCACUGCAGGCUCAGGUGGCAGAACUUCUACAACUCAAGAGCAAACUUGAGACGGAGGCUAGAGAGAGUCGAAAUAAACUGCAAUCCUUGCAAGUAGAACUGGAUAACAGUGAGGCAGUACAGAGGGACUUUGUUCGAUUGUCUCAAUCAUUACAAGUUCAGCUUGAGAAUAUCCGACAGAAAGACAAUGAAGUAAGGUGGGAACACGAAGAAGAUGUGGAACAAUGCAAAGGAUGUAAAUCACCAUUUGGUUCACAGAAGAAGAAAAAGCACCACUGCAUGCACUGUGGUAAAGUCUUCUGUCCAGAGUGUCUUAACCACAACGUGGAGAGCGGUCCACGCAAACGUCGGAUGCCAGUCUGCAAUAUCUGUCACACAUUACUAGUCAACGAGUCAGCGCCAUAUUUCAGCAAAGAGGCACCCGAGACGUAGCACACAGAGACACAGUUUGGGUAGGCUACAUGUAGAUCCUUAUUUGGCUGGUUCUAACUGGUUCAAACUGGCUCAAGCUGGUUCAAACUCGCUGUAUGUAUAUUAACUGUUGCAGUCUCAAGGUUAUUGCUCGUAUUUGGAAGAGAUGUGUAGUCAGACUGAGUUGUUACAUGUAUAUCCUGUGCAAUGUGGAGAAGAACUACAACAUAACAUGCAUCAGCCCUGUACGCUUCGCCUUUUAAAGGGCAAGGGCACCAAAGCAUUUUCUCCUUGGUGAAGGGCACCCUGUGUGGAAAUUGUUAAUUUCUACUGGGCACCAAGGCAAUGACCAGGGACCAGGGGACAUGGAGGCAAUCGCCUUUGUUGCCUCCAAGAAGUAUCAGCCCUGAUAGGUACACUACAAGUACACACUCACUGUGUUGCAGUCACUGUGUGUACAUUCCUGCUGUACACAGAAGGAAAAUCCUAUUCUUCAACACUGUACAUACAUGUGCAACACUGUGUAGACGUUCGUAAGUCCACAUAGUGUUUCAAGUCUCUACAUUUGAUAUGAGGACCUCUUUUGUUCUCAGGUCCACACUUUGCGCAGUGUAAAACACACUGCUACACUGAGUGCAUGCUCACAUUGUACGAUCACUUCAUAAACAAUGUGUGUGCAACAUAGAUACACUGCAUUCACACUGCAGAUACUCAUACAUGUUGUGUACAUUGCAGAUUAAUACAUGUACAUCACAGAUAAAUCUGCGUGUGAGCUGAACAUUUUCACUUUAUAUACACUACCUUAUGUCUUUACACAUUCUCAUCACCAUCUUCAGUGUAAAGGUUAAUUUUUUGAGUGUCCUUAUAAAGGCACUUGAAGUUAUUUAGUGCAUGUCGAAAUGUUGAAAUCAAGAAAAGUAUGAGCAAGGUGUGUUACAAUGUAUGUGUUUUUUUAUGCAUGUCAGACAUGUUCAGAUACAUUAACAUUGGUUGUUUAAUAGGUACAGAAUGUAUGAAUGUUGCAUUUAAUGUAGGUAAUUUUUUAAACCACGGCUAAGGCUUGGGCUCUGGCUCAAGGACCUUCCACCAGUUUAAAGACCCUUACCAAAAGUAUAGACUCUCUUGCAUAUAUACAGUUUAGAAAGAAACUAUAAAUAAUGGAUACAACCAUGUGUAAAGCUCAUCUUCAGGAGAAGACGAGCAGAGUAUACAU